UGAGCUAAAUGUGGCUGCUGUUGAUCCAGACCUGAGUUUAGCUGUGGCAAAAAAUGUGGCAAAGACCAUUCAACUCUAUGGUGUAAAGUCUGAGCAGCUUCUGUCUACUCAAGGAGAUGCCAGCCAGGUGAUUGGACCACUCACAGAAGGGCAGAGGAGGAACGUGGCUGUAGUUAAUUCACUAUACAAACUGCACCAAUCGGUUAUGAAGGUCAUUACCAAUCAGAACUCAUUUCCAGCAGCCGCUGAGCAAGCAGUCACAACUGCCUUAAAGGCAGUCUAUGAUCUAAUGGGUAGUGCUGUUCAACCGUUACUGAACUCUGUAGGAGAUUCAGUAGAAGCUAUUAUCAUCACAAUGCACCAGGAAGAUUUUUCUGGAUCAUUAUCCAGCUCAGGAAAACCAGAUGUCCCUUGUUCUCUGUACAUGAAAGAACUACAGGGUUUUAUAGCAAGAGUCAUGAAUGACUACUUCAGACAUUUUGAGUGUUUUGACUUUGUCUUUGAGAACACCGAAGCCAUAGCUCAAAGAGCAAUUGAACUUUUCAUGCGCAAUGCCAGUCUAAUAAGGCCCCUUGGUGAAGGUGGGAAGAUGCGACUUGCAGCGGAUUUUGCGCAGAUGGAGUUAGCAGUAGCACCUCUAUGUCGGCGAGUCUCUGACCUAGGAAAAUCUUACAGACAGCUGAGGUCAUUCAGACCACUGCUGUUCCAGACCAGUGAGCAUAUUGCCAGUAGCCCAGCUCUGGGAGAGGUUAUUCCAUUCAGCAUUAUUCUUCAGUUCUUGUUUACAAGAGCACCACCAGAGUUAAAAUCACCCUUCCAGAGGGCUGAGUGGUCCAUUGCCCGCUACUCCCAGUGGCUUGAUGAUCAUCCAUCUGAAAAAGACAGGCUUGCUCUCAUACGUGGCGCCCUGGAAGCUUAUGUUCAAUCAGUAAGAACAAGAGAGGGAAAGGAGUUUGCGCCAGUCUAUCCCAUAAUGGUUCAGCUGCUGCAGAAAGCGAUGUCAACCCUCCCGUGA